UGUGCCGGUGGUGGGAGGGUCCGCGAGGAGGGCAGAGCCGCUCCGCUCCGCUCAGUGCUCGCGCGCAGACAGGAGCAGCACUCAGAUGUUUUCAUCCCGAAACUGAAAAAGGACGUUGACGAGCCUGACGCGAGGAAGAAAAGCCUGCCGUUAAAUUUGCGUGCGCGUUUAUCUCGUUUCCUGUGAUCUCCUCUCGGUGAGAUGUCAGCUUGUCGAGCCGCUCUGCUGCUCCUGUGCGCGGUGUUGACGGUGAGUCGCGCCCGCAGGAGCUCACCGGAGCAGGAGGAUGUUCAGGAGAAAAUCAACAGCGCCAGAUGCACGUCCAGGUGCCUCACUCUGCACAUGACUCAACUAACCGCUGCCUUCAGGCACCUCCAGAGUGACCAAGUUCUGGUUUGGUGUGAAAACCACAGACGCUGCGCACAGUGCCUUCAGCCAUGCAAGGAUCUGUGGGAAACCAGAAGAGUGCUAUCUCCAAAGUCCUGUGAGAAGCAGACAGAGUGUGUGACAAGCAGGGAGUUUCUGACCUCUCUGAGGUCGUCACGACAGGGCGACUGCCCUCCGCCUCAGCGAGCCACUGGGUUCGCUGCAGCCUGCGUGGAGAGCUGCUCUUCAGACCAGCAUUGUCCCUCCCCCAGGAAAUGUUGCUCCAAUGGCUGUGGACACACUUGCCAAGCCCCAGCCAAUCUAUAUAAAGGUGUUCCUCUGAAGCCUCGCAGAGAGAUGAGCUUCGUGGAGGAUUCAGAGGGUCAUGUGAAGGUGGCUUGGCUGUCAAAGUUCAAUGUCAGCGUGGAGCCCAUCGUUUACAUGCUCCAGUCCCGCUGGAACGUCGGGAUUCACCCCAGUGAAGACCAUGCCUCUCCAUGGACUACUGUUGCCAUGACCCUUUCUGAAGAUGUUCUUCUGUCGGAUUUGAGACCUCAGCGCUGGUACCAGUUCAGGGUAGCAGCCAUCAACAGCCACGGCAGCAGAGGCUUCACCACACCGAGCAAACACUACAUCUCCAGUAAAGACCCCUCACCUCCAGAAUCUCCAGUAAAUGUCAAAGUGAGGAACCAGACUCUAGACUGGAUGGGUUCACAACCAGGCACCCAAUUCACAGAAAGGUCGAGGGGAAGUGGGGUCACAGUGGCAGUCUUAAUAAGCUGGGAGCCCCCCAGAGAGGGAGACCUUCCGGUCCACAACUACAGAGUCACCUGGAUGUCCCGACAUGCACACACAGCGCACAAACACACACACACCUUGCAUGCACACAGUAACAUGCAUACACGUCCUACACACUCACGCAUGCCAGAACAGGUUAAAAAGGAGAGCAACAGCAGAGUGACUCAAGGGACGCAGUGUGAGCUGUGGCUGCAGGGUUUGCUGCCUGCUACUUCCUACUUCCUGUCUGUCCAGGCGGUGGCUUACUGGGGUCAGAAGAGACUGAAAAGUCCAAGAACCCAAACUGUUUUCACCACAAUUACUCAUACAGGCGACGUCUUCUCCAAUGAGCUCCCCUCUUCCUCGUCUUCAUCAUCUCUCCCGUCAUCCCCUUCCCUCUCGUCCUCCUCCCCUUCUUCCUCCUCUGACCUCCCCCACUCUGCGUCUCUGCCUCACCCUGAGUCACCCCUCAACCCUGUCACCCCUGGCCACCUGCGCCUGGAGGUCGCCGCCCCUCAUUACCACGAGGACCAGCUGCAGGUCAAGGUGUUCUGGAAGUGGCCCAAUCACGGCAGACAGAGACACCCCGGUCCUUACAUUUUGCGGUGGCGUCCACAUACGUGCAGUACUAAUGUUACAGGCGCAGAGAGAACAACAACCGUGCAGGGCACCCAUCACACCAUCACGGGCCUGCUGUUUGCCUGUAAGUACCGGGUCACCGUGGCAAUGACGGCUGACCCGGGGUCAGAGGCUGUUGCCUGGGUUACGACCCCAGCAUGCUCCUCCAUCAGGGUCAGAGGAGGCAAAGCGUUACCCUGCAACACUGAGGAGCGCCUCCUGUCAGGCCGGAAGGUGGUACUGCGUCCAGAGCGACUGACAACAGACUUUCAGCAAGUCAACAGCACCCUGCUCAUGACGCUUCGCUGGCGAAUGUCCCAGCAUGCACUGGACCCAGCAGCUGUGGAGGGAUACCAGUUCACCUGGACGCUGCAGUCAGGGGUCACAGCGGCAACAGAAGGGCUAGAAGACACACUUAUCUCCCAGACACAGACAAUCGCACCGUCUCAGCGGUCGGUGUCAGUUCUCGGGCUUCAGGCUGACAGUGUUUACCAGCUGCAGCUCCAGGUGCUAACAGCAGGGGGCAGCAACGGCGCCACAGUCUCCAAGACCAUCCAUACUCCAGCUAUCAGUGCAACACUUUGAUUGUCUUCCGGACCCAAACUCCACAGCUGUCACUGUCUGCUGCACCAGGAUCAUCUUCACCAACAUCCACUUCCUUGCAUGUCUUCCAACAGCAACACGGUUUCAUUGCAAUUCAUGUGCAAAAAACAUGUCCAAAGCUGCAAAAUAAAUAAAGUUAUGUGACUUCUCUUUCAAUUUAGUCACUAUUGAAACAUCAGGAAGGUUGUGAGCUCAGUCUAGUGAGCGAAAAAUAAACAUUAUUAAUCUGAUCAGUCGUUAAUCUGUCAGCUGAUCUGAAGGUUGUGGCCUAUGUCUAUAUUGUUUUGUAAUAAUUGCAAAAAAAAGUAAACAACGCUGUGUACCAUUUCAGCUUAGUCUAUCCUUAAACCGUUUUUUUGGGGGGGUUUUUUCCAUAAAAUUUCAGGAUUUUCCAAUUGAUUCCUCUUGACAUUAGUGCCGCAGCUUUGCAGGACAUGUAUGUGAAAAGUGGGACAUCUUGCAUGGCUGCAUCUGUACAUGUUUGGUCAUUUUUUACCAUCUGACAUCACAGGAGCCAAAUGACACCUGUAAAGAGACUGAUUUUAUGUUGUUUUCCAGGAUGCAAGUAGAGAAAAAUAUAGCACUGACCUUAUGUACAAAUAGAAAUGUAUAGCAAUAGAAUGUCUGUGUUUAUUUCAAUGCACCAUCUGUUGCAUUAUCUUCGGGGUCUGAUUUGGUGUGCUGAAGCGCUGAAGUAAGCUCAAAUAUAUUUUGAUAUUUUGUUCACAUUUAUAUGUUUUGUUAUUUUUUAAUCUGUCUGAAGUUACUUGUUUGGUACAUCUUGGGCUCUGUGCAGAGUUAAUUUGCAUUUUGGUACACUCAUUUCACUAAGCCAUGGUGUGUGACACAGGUAGUACAUUUAUUAUCUGUGGUAGAUUUCUUUGUUUUACAAAAGUCAUGGCAUUACUUCGACAAGAUUGGAAACUACUGGUGUCAAACAGCCAGUAAUUAUAUGUUAAUAUUCUCUCUGUGUAACCUUCUUUGACAUUUUACUGUUGAUAAUUUUGUACUUAAUUUCUUUACUUUUUGACUGUUAGGUUUAUUUAUUGUUUUCCAGUCUUAGUGGUUUUUUUGUAAUUAAAAAUUAUCAAGAUACAGUGUGUGUGUCGUUUUAGAAAUGGUAAUUAGUAAAUUAUUAAUUGAUAAUAACAGGGAUAAUAUCAUAAUACUAGUUUGUAUUAUAUUUUAAAUCAGAAUUGCCUUCGCUUUUUGUAUAGUCUACGUUCCUUUGUUUGCUAUGGCAACACAUCGAUUUACAUGUGACGCCAAUAAAAGCUAACUGAAA